AUGAGCUUUGUCAUGGUCGCCCGGCAGCUUCCUGUGGUCGUGGGGCAGCAGCCUGUUUGCAGCGGUUUGCUAAACGAAGCUCGGUCGGUCCACCUACGCCUUCAAGAAGCAUUGGAUCGGGGACAGCCGAUAAAAACGGCUUUGGCUUCCCUGGCUUGCAACAUGGUUGCAGACAGUGAGGACGAGGAAUUGGCAGAGUUGCGCAUGUUUGUAUCCGAUGUUAUAGCAAUUGCCAAAGCAGCAAAAGCUCCACAUCCAACAGCGAGAUGCAAAGCUGAACACAGAAUGAGGGUCCAGGCAUCAUACGCCAGUGAGGAUUCACAUCCAUCCUUUGUCAGUCCAAAUGCUCGGCUGAGUGUUGUCGAGAGCACCAAGCCAGUUCCGAUCAAGACUUGUUGCCAGCCUCCAGCACUGCCACGGCUGACGAGCGUCGAGCGCAGCAGUCGUUCGACAGCUAUUACUGAAGCGAAAGUUCAAGCCAAUGCGGAAGAAAUGCAUCCAAGCGACUCAGAUCAUGUCCCCUUGCAUAGGCAUUUACAGCUUUCCCUCCGGCGGCAUCUCAGACAGAAGGCGCGUGGGCGAGCCCUCCGAGGCAAGCCGGAAGUUGCACCAGUGCAGGAUUCGGCCGAAAGGAUCACAGGUGUCAACGAAACCAUCAAGGACAGGGAGGAAGCCCGACUUGAGAACGAAGCAAAUUGCAAACUGGAGCAUUGCAUGCAAUGCCCUUGCAGCGAGAUCUUCUCUGGUGUGCACCAGGAACGGUCUACAGGACUGCAAACCUAUACAGGUUCACAGAAUGCGGAGGGCCGGAAUGCUGCUUCAGCUUUUUCCAAGCAAGUGCCUGGAGCAUCCACGGCAGGCGGAGAGAGAACAGGAACGCGUAUGUGUUUGCCAGCUGGUUCGAGACAUGCAGGACGAGACAGGCGCGUGCCAACGAGAAGAGGUGGAGGCAUGCCAGCACUGCAACAAGAUCUGGCUUCAUUCCACCAGACACAAGAUCAAGUUGCCGUUGCUACUCAGCCUUCUCAAUCAACGUGCCGUGAGCAAUACGAUGUUCAGCAAGAUGGCUUUCAAAGCCAAGUGGUGGUCGGGAAGCCAAGGAACCCGGACGAGUUCGUUUCAGUAGAGCAUGGCACCUUGCUGCAUCCAGCGAUGCCCAUCCCGGAACGCGGAGGCGUAUUCCAGUCCGCAGCCCCACAGCCACAACAAGCAGCUGCGCAGGACGGAGCAUGGCAUGAGACUGUUCUCGGACAAGUCAUAGCAGCCAAGGCCGACCACAUUCAGCCGACAGCUUGCAGCACCCACCCUGGACCGCGUGAAGCUCGUCAGGCGUCACCCGCACACAGGGAGCAGACAUGCCAGCUGGAGGACUUGCCCGUUUCGGCACUGGACCAGACUGCUGAGCACACGACGUCUGCUCCGUCGCCCCUGUCCACAUGGACAAGGCCGACUCAACCCCAUUUGUUGCAGACGUCCCUCGAGGCCAAGUGUGGGUCGCAAGUUUCGCAAUCCGGAUUGCGUGAGCUAUUAGAUGAUGUAAGGUCCAGCUGCUUCCGGUCCCAAUCCAUGCUGCCAGCACAGGACCACGCACAGGCGAAAGACUCGCUGAAGAAUCAGAAGCAGACCUCUGAGAGGUGCUCAGGAAACCAUAGCAGAGGGCAGAUUGCAGAGGUAGGGCAAGCCCAGGCUGAGGCCGUCGUAAGCACAGAAAACUACUCUGACAAGUCUCGUCCUGAUGUACCGAUUAGCCGUGGUGCUUUUGCCAGAGAGCUGCGUGGCACACAUGCACCGCAUGCACCGUGCCAAGACCUUGCGCAGCUAGGCAACGCCAGGAUCGGAUCAAGCACAGACCCGAUGACAGCUGAUAGCCUUUGUGCUGCCUCCGUAGCACCUCGCCCUUGCAGUCAUGUGAUCGUACACCAGCCAGAGCUGCUUUCCGCUUGCGCAGGCGCGCAGAGUGCAGGCCAUGCUGCAGAUGUACAUAAUUCACUGGAGAUGUCAUCCAAGCGAUUGCUUGGAGUAUCCACGGCAGACGGAGAGAGAACAGGAACGCGUAUGUGUUUGCCAGCUGGUUCGAGACAUGCAGGACCAGACAGGCACGUGCCAACGAGAAGAGGUGGAGGCAUGCCAGCACUGCAACAAGAUCUGGCUUCAUUCCACCAGACACAAGAUAAAGUUGCCGUUGCUACUCAGCCUUCUCAAUCAACGUGCCGUGAGCAAUACGAUGUUCAGCAAGAUGGCUUUCAAAGCCAAGUGGUGGUCGGGAAGCCAAGGAACCCGGACGAGUUCGUUUCAGUAGAGCAUGGCACCUUGCUGCAUCCAGCGAUGCCCAUCCCGGAACGCGGAGGCGUAUUCCAGUCCGCAGCCCCACAGCCACAACAAGCAGCUGCGCAGGACGGAGCAUGGCAUGAGACUGUUCUCGGACAAGUCAUAGCAGCCAAGGCCGACCACAUUCAGCCGACAGCUUGCAGCACCCACCCUGGACCGCGUGAAGCUCGUCAGGCGUCACCCGCACACAGGGAGCAGACAUGCCAGCUGGAGGACUUGCCCGUUUCGGCACUGGACCAGACUGCUGAGCACACGACGUCUGCUCCGUCGCCCCUGUCCACAUGGACAAGGCCGACUCAACCCCAUUUGUUGCAGACGUCCCUCGAGGCCAAGUGUGGGUCGCAAGUUUCGCAAUCCGGAUUGCGUGAGUUAUUAGAUGAUGUAAGGUCCAGCUGCUUCCGGUCCCAAUCCAUGCUGCCAGCACAGGACCACGCACAGGCGAAAGACUCGCUGAAGAAUCAGAAGCAGACCUCUGAGAGGUGCUCAGGAAACCAUAGCAGAGGGCAGAUUGCAGAGGUAGGGCAAGCCCAGGCUGAGGCCGUCGUAAGCACAGAAAACUACUCUGACAAGUCUCGUCCUGAUGUACCGAUUAGCCGUGGUGCUUUUGCCAGAGAGCUGCGUGGCACACAUGCACCGCAUGCACCGUGCCAAGACCUUGCGCAGCUAGGCAACGCCAGGAUCGGAUCAAGCACAGACCCGAUGACAGCUGAUAGCCUUUGUGCUGCCUCCGUAGCACCUCGCCCUUGCAGUCAUGUGAUCGUACACCAGGCAGAGCUUGCCACUAGCACAGGCGCAGGUGACUGGAAUGCUGGUUCUCUGGGUGCACAGAGCCAAGACAUAGUCCAGCACCUACACGGAGACGUCCCUUUGGCCCAUCCAUUUCAACAACAGCUUUCGUCCCAGGGUCUUGUAAUUGCAGCAGAUAGGACACCGUCAAGAGGCGAUGAAGAAGAUGCCAUUCAGAGCAGAGGAAGUCGGUUGGGCCCUCCGUUGCAGGAUGUUGCUUUGGGCCCACUAGCCUCCACCCUCCCCUGUCUUCCCGGGAAACAGCGUCAGGACCACGCCGCCGCCACAAAAGGCAAAGGCCAAAGACAGGCAGAGGGCCUGAGCAAGCAGGGCUCAGACAUUGCCAGCGGUGACGUGGAGCUGGUCUCGGACACAGCUCGCUUGCCAUUGGACAGCCUCGCUGCAGAAUCCGUAGGAUCAGUCCCGCUCCAAGAUUGCGGCAUCCCUUUGAGGCCUUUGUCAGACACAGCUCUGCAAGCACCUGUUCCUGGAGGUUUUCCAUGUGGAGGGCAAAGCGCAGCAUCAAGGGACGAUGCAGAAGACACCAUUCUGAGUCCAGCGGAGAAUCUUCGUGUCACGUCCGAAGCAUCAGCACCUCGCACGUGUAAUCAUGCGAUCGUACACCAGGCAGAGCUUGCCACUAGCACAGGCGCAGGUGACUGGAAUGCUGGUUCUCUGGAUGCACAGAGCCAAGACAUAGUCCAGCACCUACACGCCGACGUGCCUCCUGUCCCUUUGGCCGAUCCAUUUCAACAACAGCUUUCCUCCGAGGGUUUUGUAAUUGCAGCAGAUAGGACACCAUCAAGAGGCGACGAAAAAGAUGCCACUCAGAGCAGAGCAAGUCGGUUGGGCCCUCCGUUGCAGGAUGUUGCUUUGGGGCCACUAGCCUCCACCCUCCCCUGUCUUCCCGGGAAACAGCGGCAGGACCACGCCGCCGCUGCAAAAGGCAAAGGCCAAAGACAGGCAGAGGGCCUGAGCAAGCAGGGCUCAGACAUUGCCAGCGGUGACGUGGAGCUGGUCUCGGACACAGCUCGCUUGCCAUUGGACAGCCUCGCUGCAGAAUCCGUAGGAUCAGUCCCGCUCCAAGAUUGCGGCAUCCCUUUGAGGCCCUUGUCAGACACAGCUCUGCAAGCACCUGUUUCUGGAGGUUUUCCAUGUGGAGGGCAAAGCGCAGCAUCAAGGGACGAUGCAGAAGACACCAUUCUGAGUCCAGCGGAGAAUCUUCGUGUCACGUCCGAAGCACCAGCACCUCGCGCGUGUAAUCAUGCGAUCGUACCCCACGCAGAGCUCGCCACGAGCACAGGCACAGGUGACUGGAAUGCUGGUUCUCUGGAUGCACAGAGCCAAGACAUAGUCCAGCACCUACACGGCGACGUGCCCCCUGUUCCUUUGGCCGAUCCAUUUCAACAACAGCUUUCCUCCGAGGGUCUUGUAAUCGCAGCAGAUAGGACACCGUCAAGAGGCGAUGAAGAAGAUGCCAUUCAGAGCAGAAGAACUCCGUUUCAGGAUGUUGCUUUGGGGCUACUAGCCUCCACCCUCCCCUGUCUUCCCGGGAAACAGCGGCAGGACCACGCCGCAGCUGCAAAAGGCAAAGGCCAAAUACAGGCAGAGGGCCUGAGCAAGCAGGGCUCAGACAUUGCCAGCGGUGACGUGGAGCUGGUCUCGGACACAGCUCGCUUGCCAUUGGACAGCCUCGCUGCAGAAUCCGCAGGAUCAGUCCCGCUCCAAGAUUGCGGCAUCCCUUUGAGGCCCUUGUCAGACACAGCUCUGCAAGCACCUGUUUCUGGAGGUUUUCCAUGUGGAGGGCAAAGCGCAGCAUCAAGGGACGAUGCAGAAGACACCAUUCUGAGUCCAGCGGAGAAUCUUCGUGUCACGUCCGAAGCACCAGCACCUCGCACGUGUAAUCAUGCGAUCGUACACCAGGCAGAGCUUGCCACUAGCACAGGCGCAGGUGACUGGAAUGCUGGUUCUCUGGAUGCACAGAGCCAAGACAUAGUCCAGCACCUACACGCCGACGUGCCUCCUGUCCCUUUGGCCCAUCCAUUUCAACAACAGCUUUCCUCCCAGGGUCUUGUAAUUGCAGCAGAUAGGACACCGUCAAGAGGCGAUGAAGAAGAUGCCAUUCAGAGCAGAGGAAGUCGGUUGGGCCCUCCGUUGCAGGAUGUUGCUUUGGGCCCACUAGCCUCCACCCUCCCCUGUCUUCCCGGGAAACAGCGUCAGGACCACGCCGCCGCCACAAAAGGCAAAGGCCAAAGACAGGCAGAGGGCCUGAGCAAGCAGGGCUCAGACAUUGCCAGCGGUGACGUGGAGCUGGUCUCGGACACAGCUCGCUUGCCAUUGGACAGCCUCGCUGCAGAAUCCGUAGGAUCAGUCCCGCUCCAAGAUUGCGGCAUCCCUUUGAGGCCCUUGUUAGACACAGCUCUGCAAGCACCUGUUUCUGGAGGUUUUCCAUGUGGAGGGCAAAGCGCAGCAUCAAGGGACGAUGCAGAAGACACCAUUCUGAGUCCAGCGGAGAAUCUUCGUGUCACGUCCGAAGCACCAGCACCUCGCACGUGUAAUCAUGCGAUCGUACCCCAGGCAGAGCUUGCCACUAGCACAGGCGCAGGUGACUGGAAUGCUGGUUCUCUGGAUGCACAGAGCCAAGACAUAGUCCAGCACCUACACGCCGACGUGCCUCCUGUCCCUUUGGCCCAUCCAUUUCAACAACAGCUUUCCUCCGAGGGUCUUGUAAUUGGAGCAGAUAGCACAUCAUCAAGAGGCGAUGAAGAAGAUGCCACUCAGCACGCCGCCGCUGCAAAAGGCAAAAGCCAAGCACCGGCAAAGGGCUUGAGCGACAUUGCCAGCGGUGGUGUGGAGCUGGUCUCGGACACAGCUCGCUUGCCAUUGGACAGCCUCGCUGCAGAAUCCGUAGGACCCCUCCCGCUCCAAGAUGGCGGCAUCCCUUUGAGGCCUUUGGCUCAUACGUUUCCAGAACCUUCGUCUCGGGAGAGACCCACACCAUCAAGAGACGACCUGACUGCAAAUAGGGUAAGUCUUGCUGGCCGCUGCUUGCAUGAUCUUGCAGCCGCCACCAGCCCGUCCCAGGUGCAGGCACAAGGCUCCAGCUCUACACACGGGCUUAGUGAGGGACACGUGAGUGCAACCACUGUCCGACAUGAUCGCGCAGAUCUUGAUCCAGUGGUUUACAACUCCAGACCUGGUGCUGCAGACGGAACCACACCAGAAAGGGACAGCACAGAAGAUUUGUUCGCUCUGGCCCAGAAGCCGAAUGACGACGCAUGCUCGGGCAAUUCCGGGAAACAGCCACGGGCGACAAGCAACGCACACACUGUCUCGGUUGCUUCUCGUCUGGGCCCGGAAGCUGAAUCUCAAGGGUUGCUGGACCGGCGUCAUGUGCAGGCGUCUGGGAUGAAAAGCGAAGGCGAAGCAGAUCGAGCUGCCUGGACACCUUCCAACGAAGGUCGAAUGCUCGACGGCUCAAACGAUGCCGUUGCAAUCCAGCAGAAAGGAGACUUGCAGGGAUCCGGCCGUAUCCCGACAGACUCUACCAAGUUUGUUGGCAAUGAAGAAACCCACCUGGGAUCUUGCGUGACGGCCUCCACAUCUCUGCGCGGAAGGCACAUGUCACACAUCCGCCAUGCGAGGUCGGAGGAAGUUCUUGCAUCGUCACUCUGCAUCUCGUUUGGGGAAGCAGGGCCUGAAUGGAUUGCGGCGGACUCCGUGAGACGAAAAUCUCAUGAGCUCCCAAGCGUUCCGAUGCAGUAUGUGGGUGGUGCUGUCUCGGAGAAUAUUGGCCUGAGAGACACCGCCUUAGAAAAGACUGACAGCCUGAGCUCGGUGACCGACAGCGAGGCUGAGAGUCGAGCUGCAACAAGUGUCAUUCCCAGCACCAGCUUCGGCGCAACACCGACACAGGCAGAUGCAGAAGCGGAGCAAAGAUCUUCGCCUCGCACCUCCCAGAGUCGGCGGAGACAGUUCCCCCCCACCGGGAAAGGCCAAGCUGCGGUCCAGGUACUUGGGGCAGGCAAAGGGGCGUCUCCGCCUGCGAGUGGCGGCCUGCAAGGAGUGCUCUUUCACCAACCGCAGAACGCACCAAGUAGCAGGCGCGCCUCCAGACGCGCUGAAGGGACUGGAAGCUAUGACACCGCGCACUUCACAUCGCGGCCCCUCGGACGUUCCAUGAACGAUUCGUCAGACUGGCACAGCUGUGCCUCUGCAAGCGAAUCUGAAACAGAUGCAGCCGGCUUGGGAUCGCUUGGCAACAGUGACGUGUCAGCGGUGUUUCAGGACGCACGUUCCCCGGACAGGGAAGGCGACUUGAUUUCUUCGUCGGAAGUGCGCAUGCGUCUGGCAGAGCUGCCAGAUUCGCCGUGGAUCAACGUGACAAGUCCCGGCAGGGGAUACAUGCAACCAAGGAGGAGCUGGCCUUCACUGGAGCAAAGCCCAGCGAAGAGCCUGACUGAAUUUGCUUAUUCCUUUCAUUUACCUCCUUCAGACACAAAGAUCUCCAGUUCGACUUCCAACCACGCUGUGUCCGUACUUGAGUUGCCUGUCGGAAGUAUGCCGGAUCGGACUGGGAAAACAACCAGUGCCCCAGGAAGCGCCAGAGAUUCGGAGAUCCCCACACCUUGCCCGACGCUGCCAAUUCAACGGAAGCACUGCUCGCCAAAGGCUAAGCCUGCGGGGCAAUGCCCGUCUUCUAGCUCGCUUGAUGACACCACCUCGCCGGUCGCGCAGACGCCAAAGCCAAAUCCCAAACCUGGCCUUCCAGCAAGCCCAACAGCCUCGCCCAUGCCUGUACCUUCCUCGCCCUCUGCGCCCUCGUCACCUUCAACUUCUCCUCUGCCAUCGCCUGAGAAGCCGCCCAAAGGUGGAAAGAAGGGUGCUCCACCUAAAGGCAUGGGCAAGGGUAAAGAGAAAGGCAAGGCAAAGGACAAAGGUGCGAAAGCAGAACCAAGGAAGCCCGACGUAAAGCCAGGUGUGCAAGUCAAGAAGCUUUUCUGGAAUUCCUUCCGCAUUGAUAGUGCGCAGAACACGGUCUGGAAUGCUAUUGAAGAAGAGGGUGCACAGAUUGACACGCAGCAACUGGAAACUUUGUUUUGUGAUGAACCUCUGAGAGGCUUUCAUCGCUUUGCCUCGCCUUCGCCGGAGAGCGAUCGUCCGACGGUAAAGCGUGUUCAGGUCGUGGACACGCAGCGUCGAAGGCAAGUCUGCGUCAUGUUAGCGAGACUUCCGCCCACACCAAUUGCAGCAAGGGCGCUGCUUCGCCUGGAUAACGAGGUGCUCAACAGCGAGCAAGUAGAACUACUGCACUUCAACCUUCCAUCGGAGGACGAGAUUAAGCUGUUGCGAAAGGCGCAGGCUGAUCAAACUAUUGAUGAACUGCACGUCUGGGACACAGCAGAAGAUUUUCUCUUGGCUUGGAUUGCCGUACCUCAGUUCGAGCUGCGACUCCGCACUUGGCACUUCGAGAAUACAUUUCAGGAGCGCUUUGAUGCUCUAGCAGAGGGACUGCGAAGUGUCUUGGAGGGAUGUCGGUCAGUGCUGGAUUCCCGCUGCAUUAGACAUCUCCUUGGCAUUGUCCUUUAUGCUGGAAAUUAUUUGAAUGGCGGCACACCUCGUGGACGAGCAGAUGGAUUUGCGCUGGACACACUCCCAAUCAUGCGAACAGUGAAGAUGUCACAGGCCGAUCGCCCUGGAACUUUGGUAGACUAUGUCACUGGACAGAUGGAGAGGCGGCAUCCUGGAGACCUUCGCACGGUUUUCGCUCCUGGCGGCGAGUUCGAAGUUUUGACGAGCGCUGCUAGACACAAGGUCCCCGACCUUGCAGACGAGCUGCGCAAACUGCGGUGCUAUGCAGAGCAACUCUGCGGGCGCCUUCUCAACCUCUCUGCUGCAGCGCAAGGCUCAAGCAUGGAUGCUCGCAAAGAUGCAGCUGCCCAGUCUGAAGAUUCUGGUGUGGAUGAUGUCCUUUUGGGCUGCCAAAGGUUGCUUGCAAGCCGAAUCGAGGAGCUCGAGAAGCUGGAAGCUGAGUUGAAGCAACUCGAGGAGAAGUACGAAGAAAUCGUGGUUUGGUUUCAUAUGGAAGAAAGAGGCGCCCGAAAGCCAAUUGACGAGUUCUUUCACAUUUGGGACAAGUUUCUUCGGGAUGUUCAAAUUGCCCACAAAGCAUUUGAGCAGCAAGAGCUGAAGGAGAAGCGCAAGACUUCCAUGCCUCCUCGCCGGGCCACAAUGCAUGUGCCCCGCGAGAAGGAGCGCGGUGAUCGCAGCCUGCGAAGCUUGACCCCACGGCGCAGCGGCAAAGAUUCGACGAGCUUGAGUGGUGAUACUCCAACUCAAGCCCAGGAGGAUGCUGCAUCCUCGAUCUUUCCGACAAGACCGCGGUUCUCCACUGAUUUCCAAAGACAUGACCGCACAGCCCAGGUCGAGAAAGCUGGAAGAGGCCUGCUCUAA